GCUCAACAGCCAAGACCCCGGAACAGCCCGUUGCAAGUUCGCAAACGCUCUUGGCAGCUUUUGCAACACUGCUUUUUGUUGCUGUGUAUCGCUCGGACGAAAUCGGGACGCUGCUUCAAGACAAGCUCAUCUAUCCUCCGUCUAUCAAUUAGCUGCGGUAGCGUCGAUAUGGUUGGUUUCGGCCAACUCGUUGUUGGUCCCCCUGGCUCCGGGAAGACUACUUAUUGUGCUGGAAUGAUGCAGUUUUUUAAGGCCUCUGGAAGAGACGCAGUGGUUUUCAACAUGGAUCCAGCCAACGAAGACUUGCCGUACGAAGCCGCUGCCGAUAUCGCAGACUUGGUAUCUACUGAAGCGAUUGCGUCCGAAUUCUCGCUGGGACCAAACGGAAGCUUACUCUAUGCUAUGGAAUUUCUAGAAAAGAACUUCUCGUGGCUUGACAAAAAGCUGGAAGAGCAUAAAGGCCAAUAUAUCCUGUUCGACUUCCCUGGCCAAAUUGAGUUGUACACACACAACGAGUGUAUCCGCAACAUUGUACAAAAGCUUUUGCGGAAAGGAUAUCGGAUAACUGCUGUGAACCUUGUCGACUCUCACUACUGCUCCGAUCCGUCAAAAUUCAUCGCCGUCAUGCUCACCUCAGCGACUCUCAUGUUGCAACUUGAAAUGCCUGCAGUUAACGUCCUAUCUAAGAUUGAUAUUAUAGAGCAAUACGGAGAGCUCCCAUUCAAUCUCGACUUCUUUACCGACAAUGGUAAUUUGAGUCAUUUGGUAGACAUGCUGGAACUUGAUCCCCGAAUGAAGAAAUUUGCGAAAUUGAAUCAAGCCCUCGUCAGUCUAAUCGAAGACUUUCCCUUUGUUGGGUAUCACACUCUAAACAUUCAAGACAAAGAAAGCGUCAUACAUCUUUUGCGAGCAAUUGACAAAUCAAAUGGAUACAUGUACUCUAAUUUAGACGUUAACAAUUUGGCAUAUGAUGCCUUUCUAGGCAAGCCAGAAAAGGACCAUCGCUGGACAAUGGAAGUACAAGAAAGAUAUAUGAAGCGGUAA